AUGCUUGGAAGUCAACAGAACUUAUCAAGACUCUUUGCCUUUAAUUAUUACAGUAGCAAGGGAGUUGCUGAAUUUAAACGCAAUAGUACAAGCCUUGAAAACGAUACACGUCAAGGAUGCCCAAAAACAGCAACAAUACCAGAAAUAAUAGAAAAAAUACAGAAUAUGGUAUUGGAAAAUCAUCUAGUGACUGAAAGAGAUGUAGUAGAAGCCCUAGGCAUCCCAUUGGGCAAUCCAUUUCAAUCCGGUCAACUUAGACAUAAAAAUAGUGGUCAAAUAACAAAAAUUCCCGGAAAGCCAAAUUUUUGUGGAGAGCUGGGGUUCAGGGGACCUAUUAUUAUUACAAAUCAAGUUUUAAAAGUCCCCAUCGAUCCUAUGUGUGCAACAAAAGUUACUCGGGGUCAAAGGUCAAAAUUUGAGAUUUUUUGGAUUUUUCUCAAAAACGAUACCUACAUGAAAUUGGUUCUAAUGCUUGUGGCCGUCCAGGCCGCGGCGGUAUUAACGUCACCGCCGUCGACACCAUCCACACCGUCGGCGCCACCGUCGCUUCCAACCAAUUCGAAGACUUGCAUUGACCACUGCACGUGCAGCUUUGGAAUGCUGACCAAUAGGCUGCAGGUAACCAAAUGCGAUAGGCCUCUAGUACUUAACGACGCCACUUUUAAGUACAUUAGCAAGACCUCAACGAACGUCAUCACCCUUGACAAUUUGAUCAUCAACCAGAUCCAAGUUAGUGCAUUCGCCGGGUUCAAGAAUCUUGACGAUGUCAUCAUUACCAACACGAGAAUUGCGACUAUAGAUGUGAAAGCCUUCGAGAAUGUGACGCGCCUAAAGUUCUCCAAAUGUGCCUUUGAAGACAGUCCUGACCUCUUCUCUACAAAGUUGGAGGAGGUGCAUUUUGGUGAAUGCAAAUUAGAAGAAAUUCCCAAUCUAAAUGGACUGAUCAAUCUAACGUUUUUAAAUUUAUCGGGAAAUUACAUUAAAAACAUUGAAGUUGAAGCUUUCGCUGAACUGUUUGAUCUAGGAGAGCUUCAUCUUUCCGACAAUAACAUCCACAAACUCCCACCUACUGCGUUUAUUAAUAACCAAGAAUUAAUCACCCUUAACCUCGACAACAACCCCCUUAAACAUUUUAACAUUAAUACAUCCGACAGUUUAGAGAUAUUGUCACUUAAGAAUUGCCAAUUAGAGACAUUUGACGAAGAAUCAACAAAAAAAUUAACUUCUCUUAAUGAAUUAAACCUAAGUCACAACAAUCUUACAGACAUAUUCAGUAAAGCAUUGUCCCACAUGCAGGAUCUUUCAGUAAUUGACCUUUCUUACAAUAAGUUGACUAAACUUCAAGAUAAUAUUUUCUCUGGAAACGGUAAACUCAUCAAAGUUAUCUUAGAUGGAAACAAUUUCGACACCUUACCAUCUUUCUACCGCCAAAACCAUGAAAGUUUCUCUACUUACACGUUCUCUUGUAAAUCUUGUAACUUACGAAUUCUUUCAGCCAACGUCUUCCAGAAUAUGGAUGGUUUGAUUAAUCUGGAACUGUCACACAAUAAGUUAAUGAAUGUGGAUAAUGUCUUCGACAAAAUUACCAGCUUGAAACAAUUAGAUAUUUCUUAUAAUGAAAUUUCAUACUUGUCGCCAGCAGCUUUUGUACAUAACGGCAAUUUAGAAAUUUUAAACAUUGCUGGUAAUCCUUUACUGGUUCUUAAUCCAGAAGUGUUUGCCGCAAAUCAUCUUCUUAGAGAUAUUGACGCCAGAAAUGCUACUCUAACAAAAUUGUGGUCCAACUACAACAAACCUGUUAAAUCUUUGCAUAAACUGCUUCUAAGUGGAAACUUCUUAGGAACUCUAACCAACGAUGAUUUCAACAUCAUGCCCAAAUUAGAGGCAAUAGAAUUGGAAGACAAUCCUUUAGUGUUUGAUGAGAAGUUAUGUAUGUUAUUAUACUUUUUAGAUCUUCAAGGCAUUACUCCUAUCGAUUAUAGCAAGAAUAUAUAUACCGGAGCUGAUAAGGCUUUUAGGGAAGACAUUGAUGAUUUUGUAACCAUUGAAUGGAAAGAUGUUCAUAAAGGUAAAUGUCCUGAACAUAUUACUGAGUCUGCUUUACCUGAACUAACUCGCAUAGAUAACAAAACUACGUAUAAAACUAUUGACAAAAUUGAGAAAGAAGAUUAUGAGGAAGACGAUGACGACGACGAUAGCGAUUCUGAUGAAUACGACGAUGAAUACUACGACGAAGAAACGACUACUAAGUUCCAAGACACAUCUCUUGCUAGAGCCACUUACAUCUUGUCAGUAACUUCAGUAUUUGUAUUAAGUGCUUUAGUAGUACUGACCAUAGCUGUUACCUUAACUCUAUGCAUUCUGCGCAGAAACAACCGCUUUGACAUGCAACGAGCUAACUUACCAAGGCUGAAAAUUCCUCUUUGGAAUACAACUCCAGGUCAAAAGAAACACAGUGGGUCUGUAUACAGACCUCUUUCCGAAGACCUCUCGGGUCCCAAGACUCCUAAAUUGAGUCGCUAUGAAUUUAAUACAACCCCAGUAGUGCAUACUGCUUAAAGUUACUUAAAAUUCUGUGGUUCAUAGAUAAAUAAGACUAUUUUGUUUAAUAUGUAUAUAAUCAAAUUAUUGUCUCUUAUGAAAUAAGAUUAGCGAUAAAGUAUUCGGCUGACUGCAGUACGGCAGAUAACCUAGGGACCAAAUUUCCAUUACUUCUGUGAACCAAAACCAUUUUUAAGCUUUAAUCGUCCUGGGGACUGGAGAGUUCGCAUUUUGUGCACUCCGCCAUAGAUAGGUACUGUCGAAAAAUGUUUUGUGUAUUUUUAAAAUAAGACAAUUUGAAAAUUGAUUUUUACCAUACCCUUUAACCGUUUCCUAACAAUUGCACUAGGUAAAGAUCCAUUUUCAUGUACUGAAUUUAGACUAUUGAUUUAAAAUCUACUUAAUUUUCAAAUUAGAAGCAUGCACUGGUAUACCGGUGCAAUCGAACUAAGAGUCAUUCAUAUUCAGCUCAGCGGGGUGAUAUUCUUCAAGGUGUGAAACUUUAUCAACAAGAGAUCUACCUGUUUUAUGGAAUGAUCCCUUGAUUAUUUAAGUACACAUUUCCAAUAAUGGUGUCCCGCUGAGCUGAAUAUUAAUGACUCUCAUAGUUUGAUUGCAGAACUAUAUUGUCAUGUCUUAGUUCUACGUAAUUUAACUGUCUAUAAAUGUUAUUGCGCUUAUAGUAUAGAAAAAUAUUGUUAAGCCACAGAUUAAGCAGGUAUUGUUUGCCAUAUGUACCUAAUAUCAGCAGCAUUCAGCUCUUCUUAAUAUCUGUAAACUAUCUAAUUUCUAGUUGUAAUCAAAAUGUUUUCAAUAAAUUUUUUAUCGGAGAAA